AUGGCGGGGCAGUACGAGGACGCCUUCAGCCCCCCCCGGCUGCAGUGCUGGACCGUGCCCCGCCCCCCCCCAAAGCUGCCGACCCCUCGCCCCCCCACCCCGUUCAUCGCCGACGACCGGGGGCACCUCCUGCCGCACGUGCCGCGAUCCAAGGUGUCGCCCUGGGGCACCUUCCUGGGCACGUGGGCGAUGCCAGCGCGGAUCCCCCCGGCCCGGCUGGACCGCAGCGCCCGCGAGCCCGGGGCGGCCGAGCGGCUGCGACGGGAACAGCCCCGGGAGCUGCGGAGGGCGUGCAACGGCAUCCGGACACGGGUCACCGCUGCAGCAGCCCUGGCCCACGGAACCUUCUGGAAAGGACCAGGGGGGUCCCAGCGGGGGCUCCCCCCACGCUGA